AUGGAAUCAAAACCUCAAAAAAUUUGGAAAUAUAGUGCUGGAGCAUCCUCAGUAAAUCCCCAAAAUCUGAUAAUUCAAUCAAGAGUGAAUGUGAAUUUGGAAAGUCCAAGGCAAGCAGUAGAUUCCCUUUCUGUGGCAGCAAGGCAGGUUUUGGAAACAGGGGAUUAUGGGAAAGAUGUUUUUUCUCUUAGUCUUAAUAUGCUGGAAGAAAACCAAUCUUCUCCUAAUUUGCAGGUAGAAAAUCCUCCAUCGAAUAUUCAUCAAGAGAAUCAGUCUGUUCCUCAUUUGCAGGCAGAUAAUCCUCCCUCUAAUAUACAUGAAGAUAUUCCUGUUGAACAAAAUCAGGAAAAUGAAAGGCAAUUAGACGAUGCUGCUCAAAAUCAAUUAGAAGAUUCUGAUCAAUGCCAGUUAGAAGAUGUUGUUCAAUGUCAGUUAAACAAUGCCCAAGAUAUAAGGGAGGUGGAAACAGAUGAGUCAAUCAAAAUAUUGAGAAAAGGGGACCAUUCUGGGAAGAAAUGA